AUGCCUGGAAAAGUUCCCGACAGCUCCUUGAAGCGGAAGCGCUCCAAAAGCGAGGAAAAGGCUAAGAAACGAGCCAAGUCAGAAAGCAGCGACGAGGGAGAUGCACAUGCCAACAUCCUGCUGCUCGAGAACGACAUAUUAGAGUCCAGGAAGAACUACAAUAAUAUAACAGCACUCCUGGAGAUCGCAAAAAAGAAGGACGAUUCCGAAUCGGCGUUGAUCGCGACAAUAUCACUAUGCAGAGUCUUCUUGCGACUACUAGCAUCAAGUAGCUUGACGAGGAACAGCGGCCAGUCAGAGAAGGAGAUUGUGGUUAUAAAUUGGCUCAAAGGCAGACUUGGAGAAUAUAAACAAGUUAUCCUCGCUGCGUUAUGUCAGGAUGAGACAGCAACAACAGGUUUGACACUGGCUAUGCGCAUCUUGAAAGCCGAGGGCCAAUACCUGAGCAACAAGGAGGAAUAUACCUUUCCCAAGGUAUUCUUGAAGGAUAUAGUGGAUGUGCUCAUUCUCAAUGGCUCAGAAGACAUGCGCCAAGAGUUUUGCGAAAAGUUCGUGGGCGAGUUUCGUGAUGUUCGCUUCUAUACAUUCAAGGCACUCAAAGAAAUUCUCUCAAAUGAGGACCAUGGCAGCUGUAAAGAGAGUCUCUUCGACAACGCGUUUGAUAUUCUCUCAUUCUUUGAAGAUGUACCAGCCAAAAAUGAGGACUUGGGCGGAUACUACCUGGAUGCGCCAAAGAAGAAGAACCACCCGGUGGUAUCACUCAGCCAACACCAGAGACGAGGACAGGAAGCUUGGCUUGCUCUCUUGGGUCUUGGGCCAAAUCGAGACCAAAGGAAGAAGGUGCUUGGCAUCAUGACAACGUCCAUCGCACCUUGGUUCACAAAACCAGAGCUUCUUGCCGACUUUUUGACCGACUCGUACGACUCCGGGGGAACCGUGUCGUUGCUCGCUCUUUCCGGUGUCUACUAUCUCAUACAGCACAGAAACUUGGACUACCCUUCAUUCUACCGAAAGCUAUAUUCGUUGCUGGAUGCCGACAUUCUCCACUCCAAACACAGAUCAAAAUUUCUGAGACUCUUGGAAACUUUCCUGGCCUCAACUCAUUUGCCGGCGGCCCUUGUCGCCAGCUUCGUCAAGAAGAUAUCCAGACUGUGUUUGAAUGCGCCACCAGCGGCAAUAGUCGCCGUGAUUCCGUGGAUCUACAAUGUGUUCAAGAGUCACCCACAGUGCACAUUCAUGAUUCAUCGUGUACCGCGAACACCAGAAGAUAAGGCAUUGAUAGAGACAGAGGGGCUUGCUGACCCUUUCAUCGCCGACGAGCAAGACCCCAUGGAGACACAAGCUAUUGAUAGCUGCUUGUGGGAGGUGGUCCAGCUUCAGUCGCACUACCACCCGAAUGUUGCGACUAUCGCGAAAAUCAUAUCGGAGCAAUUCACGAAGCAGUCGUACAACAUGGAAGAUUUCCUGGACCAUUCAUAUAGCAGUCUCCUCGACGCGGAGCUCUCGAAGCACGUCAAGAAAGCGCCAGUGGUGGAGUUUAUGAUACCGAAGAGAAUCUUUUUGCCUCAAGAUUCAGAAUCUGGAGUUGAAGCCAAUCUCCUCACCAAGCUCUGGGAUUUCAAUUAA